AUGGCCAUCCUCAACUUCACACUCAGCGAGGAUGCCGUCACCGCCCUCCGUGAGGUCCUCACCUGCUUGAACAAGUUCAGCGACGAGGUCUCCCUCGAAGCCAAGAAGGACCAAGCACUCAUCAACAUCUUCCGCAGCCGCGGCGGCGGCGAUCCCACGCGAGACCGUGAGAGGGAGACCUCCAUCGAUCGUUGCGACGUGGCAAUCCAAGACGGCCCCGGCGUCAAAAGCCGCUUCAUCGUCAAGCUGUUCUUCAGAAACGGCAUCACAUCCGAACACAGACUCUCCUUCGAGGUCGCGGUACCAGUCCGCGCAACUUUCGACCGCAAUGAGGCCGUCCACCACUGGAAGAUCCCCUCGCGGACCCUGAGGCAGCUGAUGGAGCAUUUUGGAUCCGGCAUCGACUUCCUCGAGGUCGUGUCAGAUGGAGAGCAUGUCAACUUUGUGGGUACAGCAGAGAGAACGACAAAUGGAGAUGAGGUCCUCAAGAAACCCCUACACACGUCAAUCGCCGUAGAAGUAGACGAGUUCGAAGACAUCGAGGUUGAAGAGAAUCUCCGAAUCGUCAUUAGCGUCAAGGAUUUCCGCGCCAUCAUCCAACACGCUGGCAUCGCUGGCACCCAUCUCUCUGCCAAAUACUCCGCGCCAGCCCGCCCCAUUCAGUUCGCGUACCAGGGCGACGGCAUCAAUUGCGAGUUCCUUCUGAUGACUGUGGGCGAGAGAGGCAACCCGGGACAGAAGACGAAGAAAGGCAGGGCCGGCAGCAAAGCCCCGCCCCGGCCGCAACAGCAACUCGAGGCUGCUGCCGGGUCUAGGAGACAGAGCGCUGCGCCUUCCGAACCACCCGAACAGCCUGCCGCGCAGAUCAUGCCGCCACCGCCUCCAGCUGCGUCUGCUGCUCGAAUUGGUGCUGCCAGGACGUCAUUGUUCGAUCUCCGGCCAUCUCAACGACCGCCACCCGCUAGUAUACGGUCCGAGGGGUUGUUUGUGGAUGAUGACCAGUGGGAGCCCGUCAGGGACGAAGAGGAUGAAGAGGCUGAGGAGGAUGCAAGGUUGGAAUGGGAUCAUAGCAACCAACCCAACCAAUCCAUCAUGCAUCUAGACCGUGGUGCUACCCAAUAUGACGGCGAGAUCGAUCCGGCACCUGAAAGCAGCGCAGGUCUGGCGCCUACACAACCCCUAGAUGAUGUCAGGCGUCUGGGGUUGUUCUACCGGGAGUAG